AUGGCGGAUGAGGCGGAGGAGUUCGCCAAGUUGCCUUUGGUCGACCAAUUCGCACACAAGAACUGGAAAGCGCGAAAGGGCGGCUAUGAGACGGCAACGAAAGAGUUCAAAACCGCGCAGCCUACAGACGCAAUAGUCAAAGACUUCACAUUCGACAACAACAUCUGGAAAGCGGCAGUGGGAGACUCAAACGUUGCGGCACAGCAAGAGGCACUCAACGCAUACAAUGCCUUCCUCGAUGCGGCAGGCACAGAUGGCGCGCGCAAGACGAGAGGACAAACCGUGGCACCGGCGGUGGAAAAAGGCUUGACAGGGCGGCCAGCGGCGAAAGCAGCUGCAUUGGAGACAUUGCUACUCUUGAUUGAGCUCGACAAGGCGGACCCGAUCAUUGAAGAGCUAUUGCCAUAUCUCGCGCACAAACAGCCCAAGAUCAUCGCAGCAACACUCGAGGCAUUGACAAGCAUCUACCACGCAUACGGCUGCAAGACCAUCGAACCGAAGCCUGUGAUCAAACUGCUGCCGAAGGUGUUUGGUCACGCGGAUAAGAAUGUCAGAGCUCAGGCGCAGAACCUCACGGUGGAGAUGUACAGAUGGUUGAGAGAAGCGAUGAAGCCGCUGUUCUGGGGCGAGCUGAAGGAGCUGCAACAGAAGGAUUUGGACAAACUCUUUGAGCCUGUCAAAGCUGAGCGUGCGCCUACACAAGAGCGGCUACUGCGAUCACAACAAGCUGCGCGAGAGAGAGCUGCAGCGGCACCGGCGGCAGAAGAGGCGUACGAAGAGGAGGAGGCUGCAGAAAUCGAUCUUGAGCCUGAGUUUGAAGCGGUGGACGGAUUCGCAAAGAUUCCUCAAGACUUUGGCGAUCGCAUAAACAGCACCAAGUGGAAGGAUCGAAAGGAAGCAAUGGACGAGACACUGGCUGCGGUCAACUUUCCAGCACUCAAAGAGGGACCAUACGAUGAAGUUAUUCGAGGAUGUGCGAAGAGUAUGAAGGACGCCAACAUUGCCGUGGUGACGGUCGCUGCCAAUGUCGUGGAGGCACUCGCAAAAGGUCUUAGAAAGUCCUUUAGCAAGUACCGGAGCACGGUCUUGGGAUCGAUGUUGGAGCGGUUCAAGGAGAAGAAAGCUUCCGUGACUGAUGCGAUUGGUGCCGCGUGUGAUGCUGUCUUUCUUGCCACCAACCUGGCAGACAUUCAGACGGAUGUACUCGAGGCACUGAAGAGCAAGAACCCGCAAGUCAAGGAGAACUCUGCCAAGUUUCUGGCACGAAGCUUGAACACUGCACGUGAGGCACCCACACCGGAGCAAACAAAGGAGAUUGUGGAGGGAACGAAGAAGCUACUCACUGAGAGUGCUGCGCCGUUGAGAGAUGCCGGAGCGGAGGCUCUCGGUGUGCUGUGGAAAAUCAUGGGUGAUCGGAACAUGCUGGCUCAUCUGGACGGACUGGAUGAGAUUCGCAAGAACAAGAUCAAGGAGUUUCAUGAUGCCGCAGAGCCGAGAGCAAAGUGGAAGCCGAAGGCCGCUCCACCACCAAAAGCAGCCGCAGCGCCGGGCAGGAAGCCAGCACUGGGAUCGAAGAGGCCGGUCGUCGGAGGGGCAAAGAAAGCAGCACCACCUAGAGCGGUCACACCACCACUUGUCGAAGAUGCACCAUUGCAGCCACGUCCGACCAGCCGACCAGGAAUCAAGCCACCUGGUGGACUGAGACCUCCAGGUGGGUUAAAGCCACCCGGCUCUGGCCUAGCAAAACCGGGAUUGAAGCCACCCGGCACAGCUGGAGCCUCGCCAAAACGUCAAGGUGUUAUCCUCGAUGAUCCGCCCAUCCCAUCCACCCCUCGCACUCUCGGACGAGGCCUCGCAGGACGACCUCUCGGCCGACCAGUAGCACCAGCCUCCCCACCUCUCCAACAACAACCCACUUCCGACCCAUCCGCCUCCGCCCUCAGCUCCCACGAACGUCAAGAACUCGUCGAUCUCCGACAAGAAGUCGAAAUUCUGCGCCAACAGACCUCCGACCUCCGUCAUGAAAAACACAAAAACAACUCCCAAGUCGCCGAGCUCCAAGUCCAAAACGCUCAGCUAAUUGAAGACCACACCCGCGACGUCCUCCAAAUCAAAGCGAAAGAAACCCAGCUUGUCCGCGCGCGAUCUGACGCCGAAGCAGCCGAAGACCGCGCCAACUCCCUCUCCCGCGAGAUCGACCGUCUGAAACGUGAGAUCUCCCGAUUAGGGCGGUCUCAAGCUGGUCGAGACAGUCCUAUUGACGGCGCACUCAACGGCACCGCAUCCCCUCCUCCUCGCCGUGCAUACCCCAGUGCGAGAGCGUACAGCAACCUCGACGGCUACAGCAACGGCGCCGCCAACGGCGAAGGUAAGGAGAACUACGCCCACCCUGGAGAUGAAGCUCCACCAAGCAGCAAGCUGAGAACAUUCUCCGGUCUAGGCGCGCCCGACUCGCAGCGUCCAGAUUCGAGAACGAGUCGGCCGAUGAGUCAUGGUUCGGGCGGGAGUGGGCGCGCGACGCCGGCUGAAGGUGGAGCGGGCAGGGAGAGGGAGCCGAGUGAUGGUGGAGGUGGCGGGUUGGGGAGGAGUCAGAAUGAAGGGGUGGAGAGUUGGAGAAGGGCGGCGGAGGUGACCCAGAAUUUGAAGGCGAGGAUUGAGAUGAUGAAGGCGAGGCAGAAUAUUGGAAGAGGACAGUAG